CUUCGGGCCACAAAAAAGGGUAUACUUCAACGUUGGGCUACCAUACAAACAACGGCCAUAUUAAAGCUGGUUUCUUCUUCUUGCACCAGGACAAUGUCUGAGCCAAACUCUGCCACGGCUGCUGCCCAGCAGCUGUACUGGUCAAGUGUUCACGACACUUGGGUUACCAGGCUAUUCAUCAACCUGCUUGGAUACAGCUCCAUUAUCAUACCAGGCUACCUGUUGAUCAAGUACUUCAAAAGCAAGAACUAUGAAGAUAGGACAGGAGAGCGGGGCUGUAUGGACGCGGCCGUGCGCUCGUGUGUGUUCGGGGCGGACGGCGCCUCCCUACUGCCCACCACGGAGCCCAGUGGCGCCGGCUCCGGGUCCUCCAGCGGCCCGCGCGAGCACCCGCCUCUGCGACAGGCCAUGGUGCUUGUGUUCUGCGUGGUGGGUCUGCUCGGAUCCUACCUCAGCUGGGGCGUGCUGCAGGAGAAAAUCAUGACCAAGGAGUACGAUAAUGGCACACCGGAGCGGGGCCGGUUCUCCGACUCGCAGUUCCUGGUGUUUGUGAACCGCGUGUUCGCGCUGCUGCUGUCGGCGGCGUACCUGGCGGUGGUGCGCCAUCAGCGUCACCGCGCGCCGCUCUACAAGUACUCGUACUGCAGCUUCUCCAACAUCAUGUCCAGCUGGUGUCAGUACGAGGCGCUCAAGUUUGUCAGCUUCCCCACACAGGUGUUGGCAAAAGCGUCGAAGAUUAUACCUGUGAUGCUUAUGGGUAAAAUAGUGAGCAAGAACAAAUAUGAAUAUUACGAAUAUGUUGUUGCUAUACUUAUUUCUAUUGGAAUGACGUUCUUCCUAAUGGGAGCAACUGAGGAAAAGAACAAGGGCACGGUGACCACCUUCAGCGGAAUCAUCAUCCUGAUCGGCUACAUGGUGUUCGACUCGUUCACCUCCAACUGGCAGAACGCCCUGUACAAGGAGUACAGCGUCUCCUCAGUGCAGAUGAUGUGCGGCGUCAACCUCUUCAGCUGCCUCUUCACCACCGUCUCGCUGCUGCAGCAGGGCGGCUUCGUCACCAGCGCCCACUUCAUGAUGAAGUACCCGACGUUUCUGGCCGACUGUCUGAUGCUGUCGGUGUUCUCGGCCGCCGGCCAGAUGUUCAUCUACUACACCAUCUCCCAGUUCGGAGCCGUCGUCUUUACAAUCAUUAUGACCAUGCGGCAGGGCCUGGCCAUCCUGAUCUCGUGCCUGCUCUACCACCACGCCAUCUCUCCGACGGGCGUCAUCGGCAUAUUCAUCGUGUUCGCCGCCAUCUUCUUCCGCAUCUUCAGCUCGUUCCGGCACCGGCAGCUGAAGCGGGCCGGACAGCAGCCUGCCGCCGGCGUCGCCAAAGUAUGAUCCCCGGGUGGGGGCUGUCCCGACGGGCGGUGCUUGCAGUUCGGCCAGGCCUCGAGACGCCACGGCGCGGUUCACCAGGCUAGGAGACGCCAGGUGCUGAGGGGAGUGUUCCCUGUGAGCCCACCAGGUCAUCACACAGGUUACUCGAUGGCUGUUCUUCAGGCGCUCUCCUACCGCCCGAUAUGUGUGUUUGGAGUGUGUGAGAGAUGGUCCGAAUGUGUAGUUUGGAGUGAAUGUCUGGUGUGUGCUGACAGGGGAGCAGUUGCAGUGUUGAGUCGAGUCUGCCGAGUGGUGUUUGGGGCAGUCAUGGUGGCAGGGCUGGUGGGUUCGGUUUGGGAAGUGACCGGCUGGUGGCUCGCUUCUGGUAGAGGCUAUUUUGAACUUUGAGUGUUGUGGGAGUUUUUGAUGGUUUUGGAGGCUUAUUGGUGUACCAGGAUUCGGAUUAGGCUCUAUUUAUUUAGAUUUUUUGUUCGAUCUCGUGCUUCAAGUUAGUAGGUUUUAACUAAUGAGUAAUUUAUUUUUUAAUUUAUAUUUAUAACUAUUAUUUGGGGCCAUUCUCAAAUUUCAUCCUUCAGUUUGUUGGUGACGUAUAAACUAUAAACCACCGUUAGUUAUGUUGAAACCUUCAAAACGCGUAUCCAACGCGCGUCGUUAUAUUGAGUCAUGGUUGACAAGUUUUAUCAGUAUUUUUCACUGAGAGGCUUACGUUACUGUGGGUUAUGAAAAGGUAACAAGAAGAAUGUUUCCUGUCAAUCUAGUCGAUUCUAUUCUAGACCGCCAGGAUUCGGUACCACAGGGAAAAGUGUUGGAACUCGAAAUGUUGAGGCUAGUGACUGCCGUUUCUGAAAUCGCCUACCGAUAAUGGAAGAGAGGACCAUAUAAUGUCCAAUGUUUGUAUUAUAUCUGUACAUUGACCGGUAGGUGGUGGCUUUGCACCCAGCGCCAAAUGUGUCUUUCCUCGUUACGUUCAGCUGCGACUAGGUGUCGCUCUAAUCAGAGGAAGGCACUUUGCGUUUCGUCGCUAUCACGACUUUCGGGACAGGAUAACUAUGAGAUAGUUUCGAGUCUGCCUUCGACCGCUCAACUUAUUGUUAGGUUGUUAAAUUGUUUUUCCCUGUAGCCUUGGAGCCGCUGUUUGGAGGGUAUCAUGUGCAGUUAGCUGUAAUAAUUUGGACUGUCGACCGCUGCACGUCGAGUAUACUCAUGGGGCGCUGUCAUAUUAGCGCUGGGGCGGUGGCCCGAACGAUAGAGUGGCUGGCGGGUGCUCCAAUGGACGCGGACGGUGCUGGGGCGGCUUGGGGUAGGUAAUGCCAACCCCUGGGACAUUUGCUGUGGACUUGUGUGCUUUCUGGCUUUAUCGCUAGAUCUGUUGCUUGCUUCCAGGUGGCUGCGAGGAAUCCAGGCCGCUGAUUCCUUCGUAGGCGCUUUUUGCUUCUUGUUAGCCGAUCUGCUUGUUAUAAUAGAUUGUUAUGCUUUUUUACCCUAUUAGUUGCCUAUGAACUCAACAUUUGCCUUUAUCGCUUCUGGCUUUUUGCGUACUUCGCUACCUUCUGCUGCUCACAAAAGUCCCUUAUAAGUGCUGAAGGUAUCUGUUCCUACCUAGAGGAAUAUUCAACGCCAGCGUAGCCUGCCCAAGUGCACAACUUUGCAAUAUUCCUGUGGACUAAUAAGGGUCUGAUUUCUUGUGUCGUGUGUCACAAAUGGGUCCACUGGUUUUUUUGCAUGGAACUUGGAUUAAGGGAACCAGUCCUCUAUAACACUGAUGGUGCCAUUUCGAUCAACCAUCAUUAAUCUACUCAUAGUCUGCUUGAUUAUUUGCCGAUUCCUUCGCAGUGUCGCACGUUGUUGCUUGCCAUUGAUAAUCAACCGCGAGGGACACUUGACCUUCGCGGGCUUCCGCAGGAUUUUAAUGUUUAACUCCAGCUCUCGUCUGUACAGAAGUUUUAUUUGUUUCUGUUGCUAUUUUUGGGGUUCUUUUUACUGAUAACCUGAUAAGAGUGCACAAUUCCGUGUGGCGUGUUCGCUUGUGUUCUUAUUUUGUUUCUUUUUCAGACGCAUCUUUCGGGCAUUUCUAUUCAUUCUGCCAAAGAAGUAAAGCACUGCUAGCACAGUUUCCGCCAUGGUCCGUCCGCUCUCACUGUCGUGUUUGUGUCACCGCGUGUUCGGAAUCUCUGUGUUUGGUGGACGUACAACGACGUGUUCCGUGACCGUUUGUGUCUUUGUGUGCGCUGGAAACUUGUUUUAGGUGGGAGGUGCAUUGUUAGUGCUAAGGAAUAUUUAUUUUUGGCAAGAUAAGUGGAAGAUUGUGAUGGCUUUUUGUACUUUUUGCGCAAUGUGCUUCAAUAAAUGCGCAAAUAUUAA